UCCUUACGUCAUGACGCCACGCGGCGAACGUAAGACGUCAUCUCCCCUCCUCUGCCCCCGCCCCCUUCCCAGCGCCGCAGUGACAAUAACAAGGAAGUGAGCGGAGCGGACGGGCCCGGAACCGGCCGCAGCGAGUCCUCGAGCCCGAGCCGAACCCCGCGCCGCCAUGAACAGCAAAGGUCAAUAUCCGACACAGCCAUCCUACCCAGUGCAACCUCCUGGUAAUCCUUCUGUGUACCCACAGACAAUACCUCUUCCUCAAGCGCCACCUUAUACCGAUGCACCUCCUGCUUACUCUGAGCUCUAUCGUCCAAGCUUUGUGCAUCCAGGGGCUGCCACUGUACCUACUGUGUCUGCUGCAUAUCCUGGUACUUCUCUGUACCUACCCAUGGCACAGUCUAUGGCUGUUGGCCCAAUGGGCUCUUCAGUUCCAAUGGCAUAUUAUCCUGUCGGUCCCGUCUACCCUCCUGGGUCGACUGUCCUUGUUGAAGGUGGUUUUGAUGCCGGAGCAAGGUUUGGGGCUGGUGCUACUGGUAGUGUUCCUCCACCUCCUCCUGGCUGCCCUCCCAAUGCAGCUCAGCUGGCAGCCAUGCAGGGUGCCAAUGUGUUAGUGACGCAACGGAAGGGAAGCUACUUCAUGGGGGGCUCGGAUGGUGGCUACACUAUCUGGUGAACACAGAGGCGAUGUUUGUGUAAGGAAAGACAUCACAUACUGUCAGCACUUCUCACAAUGUAACUGCUUUAGUCAUAUUAACCUGAAGUUGCAGUUUAGACACAUAACGGUGGGGUGUCUUCCUGGUGCCCAACCCUUCAGGCACUUUUAAAAUUUAAUAAGAAACCAUGUAAUGGUAGCAGUGCCUCUAUUAAAGAGGGGUUAAUUCAUGAAAUGAAUGUGAGCUAAGCAGCCCCACAGAUCUUCCUUUAAUUCCACUGGAGUAAUACUGCAGCACUGUCUCUUGGCUUUUAUUAAUCAACUGUCUAUAAAUUGUGGGGGGUGGGAGGAGAAGGGUCGGAAAGAAAUCUGACUUCAAAGUAUCAAACUAUAAUUCUUGCAGCUCAAUCUCAAAUCUAUUGCUUAUCAAUAGGAGUGAGAUUCAUGCAUCCUCUUUCUCCUUCCAUAGAUGGUGCUGGAUAGAAAGCCAGCACAUUAAUUUCUCUGGUGGCCAAAUAGGGCUUUUUCUCCCUCGCGACUUCACAGUAGAAUGGAUCCCUUGAAGCACUCUCUGUGCUCACAUUCGCUCUUCAUUUUUCUCCAGGAAGGUAUGCAGCUUGGGUGUGAUAUGGGAUGUUCUUUUGAUACGUUCCCAGUAGCGUUGGGACUCCUUUGCACGUUGAAUCUAAUCAAAGCCAUGCUUUGGUGCCUGAAACACAGUGCAACUCCUGUUCGAACGUUUCAUUAAAUGCAAACUAGACUUUUAAAACUACAGCUUAAUAACAAAACCACAUUUUUAAAAGCAACUUGUUGUCUUGACAGCAAAACUUAAGGCUAUUACUCAGAACAGAGAGACGGGUUUCCAUCUGUGCUUGAGUGUGUAGCAACUGUCAAUCAACACAGGUUAGCUUGGUGAAUGGCUUGUUUUAUGAAUGCAUCCUUUUAAAAAUGACUUGAGUAUAAUGAAGUCUUAUUAGGGUUAAGAAGAAUAUUUCAGGGAUCCUCAAUCUUUUGGUUUUUAUUUUAUGAAGAAAAAAAUCAGAUUUGGUGAAUAUAUUUUAUCUUGAGGUUUCAGUUGAAUCUAAAUCUCUGUAUUCUAUGUUGUGUUCAACCGUACAACUGACUGUUCUGGAAGUUCAGCAUUAUGUCUCUCUCUGUAUACACUGUGGUGCACUUAACUUGUGGAUUUUUUUUAUACUAAAAAAAAGUAGAAUAAAGACUAUUUUGAAAAUUUGAAUAAAGUGACAAAGUUGCAUUAGACCUCA